CAACCGAAAUUAUCGCAGGCCGGAAUUUUCUUUUUCUUUUUGAAGAACUUCGUCUGCGGCAAGGUCAGUUUGAUUGAUUGAUAUUUUAAUAUUUGAAAAAAAUGGCCAACGCUCUUCGGAAUUAUAUGCUAAGAGGAGGACUGUCUUCCAUAAAAAAUUCUCAUAUUUUUCAAGCCAUUCGUAAUAAAUCGGAUGUAAGAACAGUAACUCUCAUACCAGGAGAUGGUAUUGGUCCAGAAAUUUCAGUAGCUGUGCAAAAGAUUUUUGAAGCUGCUAAGGUACCUAUUCAGUGGGAAGUUGAAGAUGUUACGCCUGUUAAAGGCCCUGAUGGAAAAAUGGGAAUCCCUCAAAGAGCUAUAGAUUCCAUCAACAAGAACACAAUUGGCUUAAAAGGCCCUUUAGCAACGCCAAUUGGCAAAGGCCAUAGAUCUCUUAAUCUGGCAAUCAGGCAAGCUUUCCAUCUAUAUGCAAAUGUUCGACCUUGCCGUUCUAUAGAUGGAGUAGAAACACUUUACAAAGAUGUAGAUGUUGUGACUAUUAGAGAGAACACAGAAGGUGAAUACAGUGGUAUUGAACAUGAGAUUGUUCCUGGAGUAGUACAAAGCAUAAAACUCAUCACGAAAAAUGCAUCUCAUCGGGUAGCUGAGUAUGCUUUUGAAUAUGCAACACAGAACAAUAGAAAAACUGUGACAGCUGUACACAAAGCAAAUAUUAUGAGAAUGUCUGAUGGUUUAUUCCUUCAAUGCUGCCGAGAAGUAGCAGAAAAACAUCCUAAUGUCAAAUAUGAAGAAAUGUAUCUUGAUACUGUAUGCUUAAAUAUGGUUCAAGAUCCUUCCAAAUUUGAUGUUUUAGUCAUGCCUAAUUUGUAUGGAGACAUUUUAAGUGACCUUUGUGCUGGACUGAUAGGAGGUUUAGGAGUUACUCCUAGUGGAAAUAUUGGUAAAGGAGGAGCAGUUUUUGAAUCGGUCCAUGGAACUGCACCAGAUAUUGCAGGACAAGAUAAAGCUAAUCCAACUGCCCUACUUUUAAGUGCAAUCAUGAUGUUGCGGCAUAUGAACUUAGGCAGCCAUGCUGAUAAAAUUUCCCAAGCAUGUUUUGAAACAAUCAAGGAGGGCAAGGUGAGAACAGCUGAUCUUGGUGGCUCUGCAAAGUGUUCUGAAUUCACUGAGGAAAUUUGUUCCAAAAUUUGUGCAUUAUAGGCUGAUAUUAACUGCAUGUAUUUAUUAGUGGUCCGGUCAAAAAUAUGACGUCAAUGGCAUCAUUUUAUUGGUGUUGCAAAAUGUAGAAUUAUAGAGUCAGUUAUUUGAUGGAUUUUAUGUAGAAAAAUUACAUUCUAGAAGUGAUAGAAAAUGUCUAUUCACAUUAAUUUUAACAAAUUUUGAAAUACAUUUUCAAAAAGCAAUGUCUUUUGCUGUGAAAAACAAUGAAAUAAACUUGAAUAAAAGUAAUUUAUUUUAUAAAUUUAUAUGUAUAAUAAAAUCACUGGCAUCUUUGUAUAAAUGCAAUUUCAGUUCAAAUAAGUGUUUUGUCUGUUAUUACAGUACUAAUAUCCAACAAUUGUUUGAAAAAUGUUUAACUUCCAUAUAUAAGAAAUUUGACAUUUUAAGAAUAAAUGUACAUUACAAAAAGAGUUUUGUUUGAAUGAAUUUCAAAUUUGUUUUCAAACAAAUUUGAGUUUGCUAUUCUAAAACUGAUAAAUAACUUGGUAUGUAUAUGCUGUUUCAAAAAUGCAUUAAUGAUGAUGUUAUUAGAAUAAAAUAAACCUUGUUACUUGAUACAAAAAGUAAUUUGAUGAAGAAUAUUUUUUACUUCUUAUUAAUAUGAUUUAAGUAUUAUUUUUUAUAUAUCCAGUUACAACUCAGUGGCAUAGCUAGAGGGAGCAGUCUACAACAAAUAACCUUUUCGUUCACUACUUUUAUCUCUCUAAGGGGCAUGUAUUCAUAUCAUGAAUAUGUGAAUACAUUGUUACAUACCUGUGUAUAAGGUAAACCACAUAAGGUAGCCAGCCUUGUAUAAGGUAAACCACAUAAGGAGAUAAAUUUGGUGUUUGAAAUUUAUCUCCAGGUUCAACUACUAAUAUUUAGUAACCUUAUCCUCUCAAUGAGUGGUGAGGUGAAGAACCAACAAAUGCUAUAUGAAAAUGAAUUGAGGAAAAAAUUGUUUUUAGACUAAAUGCAGUAGUCAAAGAAAUAUCAAAGAGACUUCAAUAGCUUCACUUUCUUUCUGUGUCUUCUUUAUUAAAAUUUUUUAUUGGAAAAUAUGAAUGGCAAUUAAACUAUGUUCUUAAUGAUACAGAAUAGAGGAAUUCCACACUGAGAGAGUUUUGUUUCAAUUUUUCUCACAUUUGCUGCAAGCAUUGCAUUUUGUGAGAACUACUUUCCUAAAUACAAAUCAGUUAAGAAGCACCUAAGAUCUAAACGCGAGUACUUUGUUUUUAAUAAAUACUGUAAUGUUUAGAGAAGAGCUAUUAGAAUGAUUAAAAAAACUUCUAUAAUGUCACUGAAAAUUUUGCUAGCAGAGAAACAAGCAAAAUAGCACUUUAAAAUGUUGGAAUUAGUUUUAUGUAAAAAGUAAUACACUUACAUUUAUUUCUGUAUGUAUAGUUUUGACAUUUUAUAGAAUUGAUUUUUUAGUAUACAUUGAGAGGGGUGGGUAAAAGUUCUAGCUAUGUCACUAUUAAAACUACAUUAAGUAAUAUCUGAUCUUUCCAUUAGAUCCAUCUUACUUCGAUAAAUUUUCAAAUUUUAUCAAGCAUCAUAUAUUACAGGUGAGAAACUAGCUAUAUUUAACUCUCUGUUUUUGAGAUCACAUGUGUUAUAUGUGUAUAAGUAUACUUUGAUCCCAAUACAGAAAAUAGUAUAUGGCUGUUUGCAAUCUUAUUUGAAUAAAAAGAAUUAAUAUUUUAAGAAUACAUGCUUUUUUUUUUUUUUUUUUUUUUUUUCCCCAAAGAGAAAGAACCCUCAUGCCUUUGUAUUUGUAAAAGAUUAACUAAGAGUAUUUUAAAUGUAAUAUGUGAUACUAUUCUGAGGAUGAUUCUAUUGGUAAAAGUAAAAAUGUUUCAAAUUUAAUGUAAUUGUAACUGAUGAAUGAAGGAAAACUGCCUCUUUUUAAUCAUGAAAAUAUACUUUUAAACUUAAUUUGCUAUAGGAGGGAAAGCUUAAAAUAUUUCUAAAAUUUUACUGCAUUUCUCUCAAGAUUUUUUUUUUUUAAGUUGUGUAACCAGUUUGCUGUUUGUUUAUAAAUGAAAAAUUAAGUAUCAGGUGUAAAUAUACAUGGAAUAAUAUAUUAUAUCAUAAAAUUCUCAUUUUACAAGUAAAUCCUAUAAGAAAUGAGGUAGCAUAAACCAGGUGUACCACCAAAGAUAUUAUUUAUUGUCAUGCAUUUCUGUAAUUUUUAUAAUCACCCAUUGAGCAAAGAGCUUAAUUCAGAUACAAUUAAGAUUUUUAUAGGAAAUGUAAUUUAUUAAUAAACCAAUGAUAAGUUCAUUAUUUUUGUUGAAUUGUGUUAAUUGUUUGUAUAAAUAAUUGAUGGAUUGUAAAAAGAAAACUGUUCUUCCAAAGAUUUAUUUUAUUUUUUACCGAAAUUGGAUUAUAGAAUAAAAGCAAAUAAUAAUAAAAUUCUAAGUAACAGGGUAAGUGUGUUUUUUCAUCCUAUAUUUAGUGCUGCUGUGGAAUUGUAUGGUUAGUAUACUUGUGUACAUUUAUCUUCAAAAUUUUAUUUAAAUGUUUUAAUUGUGUAUGUCCUAUUUAUUUAAAAAAAGAAGCUGAUUGAAUGUCAGUAAACUAGUCUUGAAUAAUACUCGGACUUUUUUGUUAUGAACAUCGUUUCACAAUACAGUUCUUUAUUUUCUAUCUCUAUAUGAAAUAAAUUGUUUAUAAAUUUAUAAUUGUUAGACUAUUUUUCUUGGUCCUAAUUUAAGCAAUUUUAGUAUUAUUUAAAACAGAAAAUGUUGUUAUAUCUUAGAUUUGCUUUGAAGUGUUUUAAUGGUAUAAUAUUCACUUUAUAUUGUGCAUUUGGUGAACAAUUAGAUACUUCAUAUCUAUCAAAAAAAUGAUUAAAAUUGUUGCUGUUAAAAAUUGAUAUUACAUUAAAAAAAUUCAAAUUUUAUAUAAGCUAAAAUUAUCCUAGUUUUUGAUGUUAUGCAUAAGCCUUUUGUAUAAAAAAACUUCUAGAAAAUGUUCUACAUAUGAAUGUUGAAUUACUGAACAGAAUAAAUACAACCUCCUCUUCUGUGUUCAA